UGCAACUGCACACUGCACUGUGAAAUAUAUAUUUUUCGUUUUCAAUCAUCCUUGUUUUUCGAUGGAAUGGUACUCAUUUUCUCUGAUACUAAAUUUUUCGAUCUUUAGUUCAGGAUUGUCGUUUUGCAGCAGACGGUAGAGUCCUGCGUAGAAUGGUUCGUCCGCUGCAUUACGUCUUGAAAACGACCGAUCGAGCUGCAAGUGUGCAGUUCCUGAAGGACGUCCUUCUGAUGAAGGUUUUGAGGCACGAAGAAUUUUCUGAAGGAUGCCAAGCUACUUGUAACGGUCCAUUCCAAGGAAGAUGGAGCAAAACUAUGAUCGGUUAUGGAGCAGAGGAUGAGCAUUUUGUUUUGGAGCUCGUGUAUAACUACGGAAUUGAGAGUUAUUCAACGGGAAAUGAUUUACAGAAGAUUACAAUCCGUUCCAGCCCAGUGAAAGAACGUAUUGUCGAAAAAGACAUCGCUUUCGUGACGAUGCAUGACGGGGCUAUUUUGGUUACGUCACCGGUCAAUCCGGAAACCAAAUUUGAAGUUCAUGAUGGAUCCAUCCCAGACCCCAUACAAAAAGUUACUUUGAGCUCAUCCAAUCUGCAACGCACUAAGACCUUUUGGCAUGGAGCGUUGAAGAUGAACAUUGUGGAAGAUAAGGAACACUACGUUAUAUUCGACUAUCCAGAGGCAGCCAAAUUUCAGUUGGAAUUUGUACUGCUUCCUAGCUCUGUGGAGUAUGGAUCGUCUCAAGGCCGGACAGCAUUUUCUUGUCUCACUGAACAGCUAAGGGAUAUUCAGCGUACAACAGUAGUACACGGGUUCAAAAUAAAAACCCCGCUAGUGAAUCUGGACACCCCGGAUAAAGCAUCUGUCCAAGUUGUCAUCCUUCUGGAUCCGGAUGGUCAUGAAAUAUGCUUUGUCGCGGAUGAAGAUUUUCGGAAGUUGUCAACAUUUGAUCCCGAGGCGGAAAAUUCUCUCCAACAGGCACUGGACGAGCAUAAAACACGACUGGGAAAAGCGAUACAUUAAAACUCAAGCGCGUUCGGUACUUCUGUAGCGCCGAACUAAUUGCAGUUUUAUGUAUGAUGUUUUUAUACUCGUUAUUAAUCGUUCGGUGAUUGACGGUUCUGUGAUUUUUUUAUAGUUCCACUUUCUCGGGUUUCUUUUUUUCUUUGCUUUCUUUGCUGGGCUUGUUUCCCUUUUCGGCUUUUGGUACAAUCUGAUCACCCUGUUGCUCAAACACAAUUUUACCAUCUCCUUCUGGUUUCAAGACGUGAUCCGCUUGAAUCUGAAAGAUAAUAAUUUUAUGAUAUCCGAAUUCAGUAGCAAUUUUAU